AUGCUGAAUCAGCGCGGCCGCCGGAAGAACCUUCUGAGGCGCUCCAGCCCUCCAGAUUUGGAGAAGCAGUGGGAGGCGUUCUGUCACAUUUAUGCAGAGAUUUGCAAGGGCUUCGGCAUGGAGAGGUCUGCAGUACUCGAGAGGCUGCAGGCGCUGUACACUUCCAAUGAGGGCCACCGCUCAAAGUGCUUCCAGCGAUGGGAGAGCACGCGCAUGGCUCGGGAGGAGCGUGCCUGUCUUUUGCAGCGCUCCCGCAGGACAUUGCUGAGGCCAUUGAGGUCGCCGCUGCACGAGCGCUUUGCUUUGGCGCGCGAAGACCCGCAUAGGCCGCUGAGGCCGCCACUGCACGAGCGCUGGGCCUUGGCUCGCGAAGACCCACAUAGGUUGCAGAAGCAGCUGCAAGGCCGCCAGAAGCGUUUGCAGCGCAUCUUGGAAAAGCUGCGGCGCCUACUGCGCCUCUGGCGCGUGCGCCUGGAUCAAGAGGACGGUCGUCGCCACAAGCGGUUCGCGAGAACUGCGCAGAAGUCGGAGGCGAGGGCCGGCCGGUACCAAGAGAAGGACUCAAGAAGGCGACCGCACCAGGAAGGAUUGGAAACAGAUCGCUGGUGGCGGGAGAGGCGGCAGAACAGCAAGUUGGGUCGAGACAUGUUCAUGGAGGACUUCUUGGGGCCUGCCGCAAAGAGA